CAGUUUGCCGGAGCAAUAUCGUGACUUUCAAAAAAUAUUUAAUUUUUCUCUAUUUCAAGACUAAAUCGUUUGCAGAAAAAUGGCCGCUUCAGUGGUGAAUACAUACGCAGAUCCGUACUCUGCGGAAUGGAUGAAUGCUCCUCAUAGCACGGGUACUUCGAUCAUGGCCUGCGUGUUCGACGGUGGGGUGGUGAUUGGAGCGGAUUCCCGGACCACUACAGGGGCGUACAUCGCAAAUAGAGUAACGGACAAACUCACCAAGAUCACUGAUCAUAUUUACUGCUGUCGCUCCGGUUCUGCCGCCGAUACACAGGCUAUUGCUGAUAUUGUCAAGUAUCAUUUAAAUUUUCACAGAAUGGAGCUUGGUGAGAAGCCUCUGGUCAAGACAGCUUCGGCUAUCUUCCGUGAGCUUUGUUAUAACUAUAGAGACCAGCUGGUGGCUGGUAUUCUAGUUGCUGGAUGGGAUAAGAAGCAUGGAGGUCAAAUCUAUUCUGUUCCAAUCGGAGGAAUGCUGUCACGUCAGAAUGUAUCAAUUGGAGGCUCUGGUUCUUCCUACGUAUAUGGCUAUGUUGAUGCUAACUUCAAACCUGAUAUGACUCAACAAGAGGCCAUGGACUUUGUCACUAAGACACUGACAUUGGCCAUUCUCAGAGAUGGUUCCUCUGGUGGUGUGGUACGUCUUGGUGUGAUCACUGAAAAAGGUGUGGAACGAUCUGUCAUCUUGGGAGAUCAGCUACCCAAAUUCUAUGAGGGUUAAUUUUGUAUUCCGAUUAUUUUAAGGCUUU